UACAUGUAUUGUGCUUUGUCCUGUUAGUACUUGAGGUUUUAUCAGAAUGAUUUUUUUCAGGCCUCUGUUCCUCAGAAGUCUCAGGUCUAUUCUGUUACGCUAAGAAAUGGAACCUCCUCCUUCUGACAGUGUGACGACGUAAUAGGAAGUAUAUAACUCCACACCCUUCCUGCUUUUUUCUCUCUUUUUGUUCGACAGCUGUAUGACAAAGUGUGAAAGGGAUAGGGAAGAGUCACCCGGCUGCAAAUGGCUGCAAUACUACGUGCCAUAACAAGUCUUCUGAUUUUCACAUCAGUGACAUCAGAAGAGUUUGGCCUGAGAGGAGGGUCCAUCGUGUUGCAGGCGGAGCAAGUGACCAAACUAACAAAUGUUGACGCAAUUACCUGGAAACACAACAAGAACAAAGCUGCAGAAUGGUUUGAGAAAGAUGAUGUGCCAACCUACUUUGACAUAUUUGAAUCUGUCACUACACUGGAUAUGCAAACCUGGGCCUUGAACAUCUCAAACCUCCAGCCACAUUUCAGUGGGAAAUAUUCAGCUGAGGUGAACAACAAGGACCCAACUACGUUUGUGACCUUAACUGUAAUUGAUGCUGUUUCUCAGCCUAACAUUACUCAAGUCUGCAACCCCAGCAGCUGCACCCUGACCUGUAAGGCAACGGAGGACGAGCACUCUCAGUACACCUGGACAGAUAGCAGGGGUGAGAGGAAGGAUGGGCCUGUGUGGACUGUGGAGAACAGAGCUGAAGACCAGGAUGUUACCUACACCUGUAAUGUCAGAAAUCCAGUGAGCUCGAAGAAUGAAACUUUCACUGUGCCAAGGAGGAUUGCUUAUGAAAUAUACUUUAUAAUUGCUGCUGUUCUUGUUGUUCUUGUUUUGAUUGGGAUUGGGAUUUGGAUCUACUGCUGUUUGAAAAGGAAAACUGGUAAGUUGGAUCUAAUAACUGGACAGUCAUCACUGAAAACUGCAGAUAUACCAGCAAAUGUACCAAUCCAUAUGAAGAAGAAUGGCGACGUGGAAGAAAAUAGCGAGCAAUCUCAAGAACUACUUAGCCAGACACAUGAGCCAUCAGUCAUUAAUAAUGGGACUGUUGCUGAAUUACCAAAUGGAACGUGCAGUGAAGCAACCAUCCAGACUGACGACGCAUCAAAUAGUGUCCAUGGGCAUGCUACAAAUGCAGAGAAUGGUGACGCAUCACAUGAAGUGGUAAUUAAUCUGGAUGAGUUAUCAUGCAGUGGGAACAGAACUGAUGCCACAGGAGAGAACGGUGAUGUGACCCCAGACCUCACUUCUCAGCCAGACACUAAAGAGGAAGUGCCAAAGCCUGGGACCUCUGAAGUGGUCGUGGAGAAUGGGGAAACCCCAGAUGAUGUCAACUCACCCUUGUAUCAGACGGUUAUCUAGGUGCUUUCCAAAGAUCCUGCUGCUGUUUUCAACUCUCCAGCUCCAGCAUUCGACAUAAUCACGUUCAGAGACAAUACAGAAACAACUAUUGAAGGAUUAUUAGCCGAACCUGAGACUAGAUGGUAGCCUGUUUCAAUUGUCUUCCCUAAAGAGUAAUAUGUGCUGGUCGCAUGUCGCAACAGUAUUUUUGGCUGCUCUGUUUUCAGGUAUUUAUAGUGUUUUAAUGUUCAGUCUUUCAGUCAAAUCAGAAUAUAUGCUGAUGCAGUUAUCCUAAUACAGUACUGACUGACGUUAAGAGACUGUAUCUGUUGGUACUAGCCACUGCUCUUCAAGCUGGCUUGAACAGUUGCGUAACUGUGCUGACAAGCGGUCAAUCAACUGGUUAUCAGCUUGUGAAGACUUUGUGAAGGAAAGAUGAAUCCCCACAGUGGACCCUACUGUAAAAUACCUUUUUUCACUUUGUGUGUGAAGACAAAACGUGGUCAUUUGUUCUGCUGCUGUUCUGCCAUUGUUGUUCUUGUCAGUAUUCUUGGACUGUAAUACCUCUAUUGUCCAUAUGGGGCCCUCAGUGUUCCCGUUUGCCAGUCACAUGUUUGUGUCUUGUCCUAACUGUUUACCUGCCCAUAUAAGCCUCCUGCUGUUCUAUGUCUUUGAUCAGUAUUGAUUUGACACAAUGCGGGCACGUUGCGUGAGUUUUAGCGCGUGAGUCUUUUCCUGAGAACAUUAUUAACUGUUCUAAGACUUAUUCCUGAGAACCUU